AUGUCGAGUGAGAAAAGCGAGUCCGCGCCCGCGGCGGCAGACCCGGUCGUCGAGUCUGAGAAGAAGGCGAAACCGGGCGCGUCAUGGAAGGCGAACGAGGAGCAUGUACUUCCUCCCAAUAAUCUGCCCAUCGUCUUUACGGGUUUGAUGUGCUGCACCUUCUUGGCUGCGCUGGACCAGACGAUCGUCGCCACAGCACUACCGACCAUUGUCGCAAAGCUGGGCGGAGGCUCGAACUACAGUUGGGUCGGAACCGCCUACCUUCUUGCCGCGGCUGCUCUCUCGCCCUUGUAUGGCAAACUGUCCGACAUUACUGGCCGCAAACCCAUUCUCUAUGCGGUCAUCGUGAUCUUCCUCAUUGGCUCUGCCCUAUGUGGCGCGGCGCAGAACAUGACAUGGCUCAUCGUCUGCCGUGCCGUACAAGGAAUCGGCGGCGGUGGCAUCAUCCAGCUUGUCAUUAUCACGAUAUCCGACAUUGUCAGCUUGCAAGACCGUGGCAAGUACGGGGGUGCGAUCGGUGCGACGUGGGGUAUUGCCAGUGUGGUGGGCCCUCUAAUUGGUGGUGUCUUCACAGACCAUGUUUCGUGGCGGUGGUGCUUCUUCAUCAAUCUGCCCACAGGCGGCGUUGCCUUUGCACUGCUUUUCUUCUUCCUGCACCUGAACCCGCACCAGGGUCGGACUUUGAGGCAGCAUGUCGCUGACUUCGACUUCCUCGGCCUUUUCCUGCUUGUCGCCGGAGUCAUCUGCCUUCUCAUUGGCUUCAACUCCGGAGAGACUGAUUGGUCUACCGCGGAAACCAUCGCUCUUCUGACAGUAGGCGCCGUUCUACUCGUCGUGGCAUUCAUCAAUGAGAUCUACACUACACGCUCCCCCAUUAUCCCGCCACGUUUAUUCAAGACCCGUACGACUGCUAUCAUACUCAUCAGUGUAAUCCUACACGCCAUCACUUUCUUCGGCGCGUCAUACUACCUGCCGCUAUACUUCCAGGUUCUGGGUAGCGAUGCUACGAUGUCCGGUGUUCGCAUGAUUCCCUUCUCUGUCAGCGCCGCCAUCGUUUCUGCAGUUACCGGUAUUCUGGUUUCUCGCCUGGGUUCCUACCGUCCGAUUGUUUGGGUAGGGUGGACGAUCAUGACUCUGGGCUACGGUCUGAUGACCAUGCUGGACGACACCUCCAACGACGCGGAGAAGGUGCUCUAUAUCUUUGUGGCAGCGCUCGGUGUCGGCUGCCUUUUCCAGACGCCCUUGAUCGGUCUCCAGGCUGCUAUGCCGCUCAAAGAUAUGGCUACAUCCACCGCGACAUUCGGUUUCCUGCGUACUCUUGGCGGUACCAUCGGUAUCUCCAUCGGUCAGGCGAUCUACUCCAGCGUGCUCAAGCAGAAGAUCAAGACCUUGGGCAUCGACUUUGAUACGUCUCCCGCGGCACUUGCUGAGAGUGUACGCACGCUCAAGGAUAUCCCUGAUCCUGCUACUCGUCAAGCGGUCAUUCAUGCAUUCUCGAAGGCCAUCAGUACCAUCUGGAUCGUGAACACCCCUCUGGCUGGUGUAGGCUUGAUCAUGGUCAUCUUCAUCAAAGGGUACUCGCUAAAGCGCACGACCGUACAAGCGACCAAGAAAGACGCAGAGGCGGGGGAGCCUUCAGCAGCAGCACUACCCGGCGCAGCAGACGACGAGAAGCCCGUUGCUCAAGAGAAAGCUGGACGGGAUAGCGCCGAGACAAAGCGCAUGUCUGCAGCCGACGAGCCUGCGACAGAAAAAGCGGACAGGAUCUCAGAGAAGACGUCCGUAUAA